AUGUCUUCCAAACCUGCACUCCGCCUCCUCCGCCAGCCCCUAACCCGCUGUCUCCGGCCCUCAAAAUCCUACCACCCACGCAAUGCCUCCACCCUCCGCGCCCUCACCUCAUCCGCAGAAGGCCCGCCCCCAUCUCCCCGCAAUCCCCUCGACCCCCUAACAACCUCUCGCCUCGAAGCCGCCCGCCGCGCCUACUACACCCGGCGCUCCUACUAUGCGAGCGCAGGCGCCGCAAUUUGCAUGCUGGUCCCACUGGUGCUAAUCAACUUCAUGGACGCUGAGAAACUGGACGCAUCUUCCUCGUCCUCUUCGUCUUUCCAAGGCAAGCCAGUGGUACUAGCGCCAGGUGGGGAGAAGCUCGUCGCUAUCUCCGAAAAGAGCGGAGAGCCUGUGGUCGAGGUCGUAGAGACAGGGACGAGCAGCGUGCCGCACUUCCCCAAGACAAUCCGCAUACCAACCCCCGGAGGCGUAGGCAAUGAAACAGACGAGGAAUACACCCUUCUCGGCCUCGGCAUCCGCACCGUCUCAUUCCUCAGCAUCCAGGUCUACGUCGUCGGCUUCUACGUCAGCACCGCCUCGCUCGCGGCCUUACAAGCACGGCUAAUCCACCACGUCAACCCGGCGGCCUCAACGCUGAUUCCCGGGGAAAAGGAGAAGCUGAAGCAGGCGCUAUUGAGUCCGGACGAGAGCUACGAUAUCUGGGACGCGGUGCUGCGGGACAGUGUGGAGACGGGGACCGGCAUCGGGGGUGUGAAGAGUGCGUGGAGGGUUGUACCGACUAGGAACACGGAUUUUGCGCAUCUGAGGGAUGGCUGGGUUAGGGGUAUCACGGCGAGGACGCAAGAGGCUGCUCGGAAAGCCCAGGCGCUGGCGCAGCCGCUGGUGCUGGGAACGCAGCCGGGUGAGGCGUUGGAUAGGUUCGAUGACGACGGGUUUGCGGACGCGAUGAAGAGCUUCAAGGCGCUGUUUGGUGGACGCGGCAAGGCGCCUAAGGGGAGCGUGGUAUUGCUUACAAGGGAUGAGAAGGGGAAGCUGGGCGUGCUGUUUCAGGAGAAGGAGACGCAGAGGAUGGUCAAUAUGGGGGAGGUUGGUGAUGAGAGGAUUGCGAGGCUAGUCUGGCUAGGGUAUCUGGGUGGGAAGAAUGUAAGCUCGGAGGGUGCGAGGAAGGGUGUUGUGGAUGGCGUGAUGGGAUUGGUGGAGAGGCCGGUAGGGACGGUGGAGACGAGGGUAGAGUAA